CUGCAGGCGAUGAGCGGGCGCGAGGAGGAGGAGGAGUGGCAGGCUCUCAAGCCCCGGGAGCCUUCUCCAUCGCAGUGCUGCGGCGGCGGCUGCGAGCCGUGCGUCUACGACGUGUACGAGAAGGAACUGGAGCGAUGGGAGCGGGCCAGAGCAGCGCGAGACAAAAACCUCCUCGUGGAGAAACAGGGGGAGAGUAGUAAUUCAGAGCUCAGUCCGGAUGCAUUUACUGCAUUCACCAUAAGCUCGGUGCAGCAGCUAACAGAGGACACCUACCAGUACAGGUUUGAAUUACCAGGAAAUGGCAGCCUGCGAUUGGGUUUGGGACAACACAUCGUGUUAAGAGGAGUGGUGAAUGGUUUGGAGGUCCAGCGAGCCUACACUCCCAUUAGCCCAGGGAAUGCAGAAGGUUACUUUGAAGUUCUAAUAAAAUGCUAUGAAGCUGGGCUAAUGUCACAAUACAUAAGGACUUGGAAAGAAGGAGACACUGCCUUUUGGCGUGGGCCAUUUGGAGGGUUCCCAUAUCGACCUAAUAAGCAUGGAGAACUCCUCAUGCUGGCUUCUGGCACUGGUCUUGCCCCAAUGCUUCCCAUUCUCCAGUCCAUAACGGAUAAUGAAGAGGAUGAAACCUUUGUAACUCUUGUUGGCUGCUUUUGUACCUUUGAAAAAAUUUAUUUGAAACCUCUUCUCCAGGAUCUGGCCCGAUACUGGAACAUCAGAAUAUUUUACGUCCUAAGCCAGGAAACUUCACUGGAAAAUCUUCCUUGGAGCUAUCAGGAAAACACAUACACUGGUCGUCUAAAUGAGGACUUGAUAAAGACAAUAAUAAAUUCCUGCCGAAGAAAGCCAUUUGUAUUAAUCUGUGGAUCUUCUGCAUUCACUGAAGACAUGAACAGAUAUCUGAAAGCUGCGGGAGUUGAAGAAGAUUCCUGUUUUGCCUUUUAGCAAAGCAUUCCUGAACCAAGGAGCAUCAGGCCAAGACUAGGGUAUCUUGUUCAAAGACAUUGCUCGAAAUCAGUCAUCUCAAAAGACUCAGAUCCCUAUGCCUAUAGUUUCAUAGGCCUUUGGGUUAAAUAUAUUUUGCUGGUAGGGUUCUCAAUCUUGAGAGUUUUAAAGAUCAGGUGAUCUUCCAGAGUGGCUGCUACAAUCACCAUACCUGAAGGAACUGCAUAGUCUUUUUAGUGGGAGCCUUUACAUGCAAUUUUGAGAGACACCUCUUAAGGAUAUUAAGAAGCAUCCAAGUGUACACGUCUGCUGUAAUAUGAAGACCAAUGUCUUGCUUUGAAGUCUGUUGGUAUGCAGUGAUAUUGUGCCCCAUUGGUUGUACCCUGGAGAGAUUUCUUUCUUGGGAGAAGAUAGUGAGGCCACAGGAGCAGCAGAGCGCUGCGUGACGCUCUGGUGUCUGUGGGGUUCAUUUCAGUGUCGUUAUCUUGCUGGGUGAUGCCAGGCAGGUCUCUUCAGCCUCCCUGUGCCUCAGUUGCCCUCUAAUACAUUAAUAUGGGGAUAAAGAUGCUGCUCUGUGGAAAGAGCCUUUCCAGCUGUGUACAAAAAAAAAAAAAAGAGACCUCCUAUAUGUGAGGGUGGAAUUGUGCGUGGUGCUCAAGGAGGAUUUGCAUUGCCUGUGCUGAGCCUUAACCCUUGCAAUGCUGUCUGGAGGGAGGAGGAGAAUGUCCUAAAAGUCUGUGGGGAAGCAUCAGUGUAGCUGCUGUCUAUCGGGAAAGAUGGUUGUCUGCUUUCCAUGUCCCCUAAGUGUUGUGUAAGAGUCCUGAUUCAUUAAAUUGAAGUUACUGUCAAAUAAA